AGGGCGCUAUAAACUAAUGGCGGCCCCCAUGAUUGAUUGAGGUAGGAUUUACCUUCCUUCAAACAAUUUAAUUUCCAUCAUCAUCAGCAUCAGACAUUAUCGUCGUAUUUAUUUUUAGUCUAACCAGUCUGCGUUCACGAUGACCACCACACAACUCGAAUGGAGAAGGCGUUGGAAACCAGACCUCACCGCCCAGGUCUGGCAACCUUUCCAGCUCAACAAGCAGAGGGCGCUUGUCAAGUGCCUGUUCCGCGAGGACCGCUACGAACUCCUCGUGUACGACAUGGAGACGCUGUGGUAUGAGGAGUGUAGCAGGAAAGCCUUUGAGCACAAGGCCAAGAAAUUGAACCCCAACGUGGAAGCUCCUCUGGCCACACUCUUGCAGCAUCUGAGGGAUAACCUGGCCAACCAGAAGAAGAAGUCGACCUACAGCCUUGAGCCCCCCAAGUCCCGGGACCAGAGCGGUGUGGUGCUCAGGCUAGGCUCCCAUCUGACCGGCGGAGUGCCCUUCAAGUGGGAGUUUCAUUGCCAGGAGGCCACUAACGACAUGUAUGCCUGUCAUCUGGCCACGCCCCUUCUGACAAUGGUCUCAGAGCUGUGUCGACGGGAGGCAGAGCUUCACAAGAUUCUUAAGAGGAAAGACGCUGAGAUCGAGGACUACAAGGCAGCUGGAGGGAAGGUCUCACGGAAACACCUUGAAACAACACCAUUCGAUGGCAAGGCUUUCAACAGUGACAUGAACUUUUCUAAGGCCUUUGAAAGCCAAGUCCAGUCAAGUGGAGCCUCUGCAUUUUCCGAGCCAGGCCAGGAAUUAUAUCGACAGGUCAUGAUGACUAAUGCCUGGCUCAAUCGACCCGUCGAACAAGCCAGCUCUGACGAUGAGCUGCUAGACGACAUAUCCGGCGAUACCGUUGGCCAGACAGCUGGUGCCUCGGGCCCGUCCUGGGCUCACCGGUUGCCUCCAUCACUCGUUGCCAACGCGCAGACUGCAGGCGCAAGCUACGGAUCACCAACAAAGUCCAUCACACCUAAGGGGUCACCGGUGAAAGGGGCAAGUUCACCUGGGAGCUCAGCUGAAGACACAGAGCUGAUGCGACGCCAGGCACUUGAGAGAAGACUAGCCGAGGAGAAAGCCAAGCAGCAACAACCGGUCAAGAAGAAGAAGAAAAAGAUCUUUUGAGCGGCCUAGUCAAUCUUUUCUUCUCUGAAAUAGGGUUAUUUGCUUUCUUCAGUUUUUGAAUUUUGAUGGCUAGAUGUGAAAUUACAAAUGAUCCGCUUUCCCAGAGGAUGCAUGAUUCAUAUCUUGCUCCACACAAUUUAUUUUAUUUUCCAACCUUAUGAAUAUAACAUGAGUACAUUUCAAUUGAAUGAAAUAUGAUUUAAUUUCAGUGAAUUGUUUGCAUUAAAGAUUAAAUUAAGCAUUUGAAUUUUUGCCAAAAUAUUUGAGGCUACAUUGUGACCAAAACACCAACAAUUACUUUGUUGGGAUUCAUUCAUGAUUUUCGUUUUAAUCACGGACUAAUUGUAUUUUGAAAACUCUAUUUCAAUUUUCCAAACUGACUGGAAAAUGCCAUAGUUGUCUCAGAUUUCAUAGGAUUGGUUUUUGGAAUUAGAUAGCUCUUUUUCAUGUUUAUUGAACGUUGUAAUAUGAAAUAAUAAUAAUCAAGUACUCAAUAUUUCUAAUGCAAAGUUACACCUAGAUAUGUGAAAUAUUUGUCAUUUUAUAUUUAAUGAUAUUGGAUUUUGUUCCACAUCUCACAAUCAAAGAAAUACAUAAAUAUCAGCGUAAUAGAUAAUGUUAGACAAAAACAUUUUUCAGGUAUUUUGAAAACUUUUUACAGUUUGAAUUCCAAUUUUAUUGUAGACACAGUUUCAGAUAUUUGUUAGAAUAAUAACUAAAUUUGUGAAUAAUGAAAUAUCAGUGUAAUAGAUAAUGUUAGACAUAAACAUUUUUCAGGUAUUUUGAAAACUUUGUACAGUUUGAAUUCCAAUUUCAUUGUAGACACAGUUUCAGAUAUUUGUCAGAAUAAUAACUAAAUUUGUAAAUAAUG